AUGAAAGUGCACUGCUUGUCUCUUCUAGUCCUGUCACUCUCAGUGACCAGCACACAGGCCUUAUGGAGAGUAAAACUGAAGAAAAUGCCCUCCAUACGAGAAACCUUCAAGGAAAUGGGUGUCACACCAGCUCAAGUGUUUUCUGAGAUUAUGCCAAAAUAUGACGAACCUUCACCAACAAACGGCACAGCUCCAACACCUCUGAUCAACUACUUAGAUACUCAAUACUUUGGUGAGAUUAGUAUUGGUUCACCAGCUCAGAUGUUCAAUGUUGUGUUUGACACGGGUUCUGCCAACCUCUGGGUUCCUUCACACAGCUGUUCUCCUUUAUACACAGCCUGCUUCACACACAACAGGUACGAUGCUUCCAGGUCCCUAACGCAUAUUUACAACGGCACAGGAUUCUCCAUCCAGUACGCUUCUGGAAACGUCCGGGGAUUUCUGAGCGAGGACGUGGUUGUAGUGGGUGGUAUCCCGGUGGUGCAGGUUUUUGCAGAGGCCACAGCUCUUCCUGCGAUCCCGUUCAUCUUUGCCAAGUUUGAUGGAGUGUUAGGGAUGGGAUAUCCAGAUGUAGCCAUUGAUGGAAUCACACCUGUGUUCGAUCACAUCAUGUGUCAACAUGUUCUAAAACAGAACGUCUUCUCAGUGUACUACAGCAGUGAGAAGUUCAAGUACACUGUCAACUGUAAUCUGGUCAAGUUGUUGCCCACUGUGACUUUUCAUCUUGGUGGUCAGGAAUAUUCUCUCAUGGAAGAGGACUAUAUUCUCUGGCAGUCAGAGUUCGGGGAGGACAUCUGCACUGUGACAUUCAAAGCGUUGGAUGUGCCACCCCCUACUGGUCCCAUCUGGAUCCUGGGGGCGAACUUCAUAGCUCGAUACUAUACAGAAUUUGAUCGGAGAAAUAAUCGCAUUGGCUUUGCCCGGGCAGUUUGA